AUGGCAGCGAGCAAACCUUCAUACCUCGUCGUUGGCGCCGGAGUCUUCGGAAUUUCAACUGCGUAUCACCUUAUCAAGAAGUACCCGGACCGACAAGUCACAGUCGUUGACCAAGAUGCCUGGGACGCCGAUAACCGCGUAGCAGCUUCAUGGGAUUGGAAUAAGGUUGUGCGCGCCGAUUAUGACGACGUCAUCUACUGCAGACUCGCUCUUGAGGCUCAGGAUGUCUUCAAAGAGGACCCGUUAUGGCAACCUUACUUCCACGAGACUGGUAUCUUCUGGGUCUGCCGUUCAGAUUACGCACAAGAUGUCAUCGACAACUACAAGAAGCUUGGGCGUGAGGCAGACUUGCAAUCAGUUACCGUUGAAGAAGCGAAGAAGUUGUUCGGCGGGCUUUUCGAGGAUGCGAACUACGACGGAGCGAAGAGUGUCCUAGUCAACAAGACAAGUGGUUGGGCACAGGCCGGCGAUGCACUAAGAGCAGUCACCAAGUGGUCGAUCGCAAAGGGCGUCAAGUACAUCACCGAGAAGGUCGAGAGCCUGGACUUUGACAACGCCGGCCGCUGUACAGGUGUCAAGACCGAGCAAGGUAGCACCAUCAAGGCUUCGCACACUAUUUUGUCAACCGGCGCCUACACCGCCAAGCUUCUCGAGCAGGCUGCUAAGAAAAGUGGGAAUCCAGACCUCCGUGCUGGAUCAAGAAUUGUUGCUGGUGGUAUCACGACAGGUAUGACGACUCUUGACGAGAAGUCGUACGAGAGGUUCAAGGACAUGCCCGUUGGUGUCCAGGGCUACACCGCUGCAUACGGACCCUUCAUUGGCAGCUUACCGCCUACCAAGGACCGUGAGCUCAAGUGGUGGGGAGAGAAGAUCUUCAAGAACACACACGAAGUACUUCCUGGCCGCUUCGUCUCUGCACCUCCAUCUGGAAAGGACUACAACCAGUGGGAUGUUCCCGGUCCAUUGAAAUUGGACAUUUCUCACGCCAACGAUGUGUUUUACGGCAAGAAGGGUGCAAACUGGAAGAUGGACAAGCACCGUAUCUGCUGGGAUGCAUUCACCACUUCAUCCGACUUCAUCAUCUCGCCUCACGCCGCUGCCAAGGGUCUCUUCGUCGCAACAUGCGGCUCUUUCCACGGCUACAAGUUCUUCCCCGUCCUCGGCAAGUACGUCGUACAGAUGCUGGAAGACGAGCUAGAACCAGAGCUCAGGGAGAAGUGGGCAUGGGAUCGCGAGAGGCCGGCGCCUAGCCUCAAUCCUGACUGGCCGCGCUUCGAGAUGGUGGAUCUGCUGGACCAGUGGCCAAAGGCCAAGUUGUAA